ACUAUCGACCGAGCGCUUUCCCUGCCAGCUGACGUACUCGGGCGACGUAAAAACCACGUGAUCUGUCUGCUAAUAAAGAGCGCGUUUGGCGGCGAGAGAAGUCAGAAAUCGCACAGACCUGCGAGCGUGGUGCCUGCCGCCUGCAACACUCACACUUGAUUUAUCCUCGUGACGCAAGCUUCCACAACAGGGAACUUUUUUUCUGUUAUCCUGCAAGAUAGUCUGCUGUGCUUAGGACGUAUGCUGUUUCUCUACAACUGUUGGCCAAACUCAUCCUUCGUACAACUGAACUGAAAAGACUUUUUUUUAAAAUUAACUCCUCUUCCAAGGAUUUUUUUGGAGUCUUGGAUUUGUAUCUCUACGAUAAUUUAGCAUCUCCUACAUCGUGACACAAUGCCUCAAGCCGAAAGAUAUUUGAACGUGUCCCCAGUCCGGGAAGUGUACUCAGCCCCACACUCUCGUUCCUGCUCCUUCAAGACAUACAGACGACCUCAGGACCUCGACCUCUGGGACUCGCGGCCACGUAACCAACUCUCUGCCCACCUGUCCGAGUCGCACUCGUCAGAGACACGCUUCCGACAGUUCAGCCAGAGACCGUGAGAGAGACCCCGAGAAACUCUGUCGUGUCAGGUCGUUCAAGCUGACCUCCAAGGGUCUGGUCAACCACGGCGACUCCUUCAAGCGGAGGUCCACGCACUCGCUCAUGUCCUCGGGGUCAGCUGCCACGGAGCAGAGCGAGCAGCGGCUUCGAACACUGAGCGUUGCCUCGGAGGAGAGCGGCGGGGUCAGUGGAACUGGGUCGUGCUGUGCCCCCUCGUACUUCAGGGUGGCUUUGCUGGGUGCAGCCGGUGUGGGCAAGUCGGCGCUCAUCAGACAGUUCAUGACCUCGGAGUACAAAGGCACCUUCGACAUCGCUACCCCUGAUGCCGAAGAUCCGGAAACGACGGUGUCUGUUUUGCUGGACGGCGAGGAGUCUAUGAUCGAGUUUGUCGAUGAACCAAAUGAGAACGAGCUGGACAAUGUGAGAGCUGAUGCCUUUGCUGUCGUCUUCUCGCUGGCUGACGUGGCUUCCUACACCACAGCCAUCAGCAUCGUCAGACAUCUUCGUGUGGACCUGUGUUCGGACCGCGCCAUCGUGCUAGUGGGCAACAAAGUGGACCUUGCCCGCCAGCGGAGGGUCAGCAGCCGAGACGCGCGACUCAUCGCCAUGAAGUACGACUGUAAGUACGAGGAGACGUCUGCUGCCCUCAACCACCGAGUGGAUGAGCUGCUGGUGGGGAUCCUCAGCCAGAUACGCCUGAAGCUGGCGCCACCGUCCUCAGACACGCUUCUGGCACCGGAAGUGCCCUCGAGCAAAGGUCGCUCGCAGUCGCCGCGCCGCGCCAUGUCCUUUCUCACCAAACUGUUCAACCAGACAAAGAAGAAGGCCAAGUCCUGCGACAACCUGCUGAUCCACUGAGCCACCGCGCUAGCUGCAACACACAGAAGGGGGAAAAAAAGAUUUAAUUAAAAAAAAGAGAUGGAACUGAGCAGUUCCGUUCUCAAUCCAAGCAAAGAAAAAAGGGAGGGCUGCUGACUAAGGGUGCUGACUGACAGGCGGCGUGACUCAGAUGAUCUCACGCAACCUCCUACCCUCCCUCCCUUCCUCUCCUGCUCCCUGGGAUGAUGUCAGACCAUGUGAGCUAUCCGUUUUGCCCCUUCCAUCCUGUUACCACCACCACCAUUGCUCGGACAAUCGUUACCACGAAAUGUUAACCGUGGAGAGCUAGCUAUGAAGCGAGGUUUCCAGAAAUAAAAGAAUGAUUUCUGCUUUUAAACUGGAAGUCAUCCUUCAAUUGUCAGCUGAAUCCUCCUGCAGGACAACGCGACAUGUGAAUCCACGCCUACGCGACAAUCGCUCCACAUCAUCGCUCCACUGCUGACUGAUAGAGAACUGAACUUUGUCUUGUCUUUCGUGACACAAAACUCGAGAUUCGUGUGACUGCCUUGGUGAUGCUGCAGUUUAAAUUAAACCACAAGACUAGAAGAAGGCCGGAUGGCCAGAUGGCUGCUGAUGGUUCUGCUGUUCAGGAACCACCAUGCUCUUGCUUCUCAUCCUGUACAUUCCCAAAACUACACAUUUCAACAUUCAAGCUAUGCUACAAACAUCACAGCAAGUUCAGUGACAUGGAGAUGACCAUCUGGACUUCAUCACUAAAGAGCUCACUCAAGCUUCUGCAAAUGUGAUGACAUCCGUGCUGCUACUGCUGCUGAGACAAGACUUCUGCCAUUUGCUUCAUCAUUCCCAUGGAAACUACGCCAUUCUUAUCGAAAGAGAAAAACAAACUACUGCUAUUUUGCCUGCAUCCUGGCCAACAUGUGAUCUCAAUGAGGCCGAUCCCAUGGCGGCAUUUGCUGUUCCUCCAUUUGUUGCCUCGAGCUUUAUAUCCGACCUUUGGCUAUAUCCAAGACAAUCUUCCAGCCCUAGUUCAUCCAAAGUCUUCCCAGCAGAAAAGCCUCAUACGAGCGAGACUACAGUUUUGUAUCAUCCAACUCUCUAAGGUGCCAAAACAAACACUGAACUUCCACUACUUUGUGUCAUGAGACAAGACUACAUUCUAGGGAGGGAUGUUUUUAUGUCAGCUUCAUCUGUCCUUGCCCUUUUUGUUUUGUAAAUAUUUGCCAACCCGGGAUUUGAUUUGCUGAUGAGUUCUGCAGUGACUUUUCUUUUAAGAAAAAAUUUCUCUUGCCUUAUGCGUUUCAUGAAAGCCUGUAUGACUUCAUUUAUUUACAAUCAAAACGCGGAUAACAUUCUAAAUGUUUUCUUUCAGUCGUCCAUUUUCUGACAAGCUUAUUUUGUUGGUAAUUGUUAUGAAUUAUUCUUUAUGAUUAAAAAUUGUACAGCUGAGUUAAUUACCCUCCACUGAUUUCAAAAGCAGAAAGAUGCAGUGUGAGAGGUGCAGAGAUAUACUCAUAAUCUUCAUACUCGGCUAUCGGAAAUGAUUUGGUCACAUGGUUGUUACUCAUGAGUAUGCUCAUCCGUGAUGAGAAGCGAGUUUCACCGACUUGACAGGUUGUGUGGAUGUUGCGCUGAAUGACGAUGAGUUUUACAGAGAGAGAUGUACAUUUGUGUUUGUAAUGUCCACGAAAGAAUUUUUUAACGCCACUUAAGACAAUAUUUUUGUAAUAAAAAUGUGUCUAUGA